AUGGCUGCUAACACUCCCGCGAACCAGCAACAGUACGCCUCCGGUUUCCCGCCACCACCGUUUUUCUUUCAGGAGUAUGGCGCCCCUCCUGGGUCUGUGCCGCAUCCUACUACAGACGGGGUCUCGACUGGAGACGCCCCUCUGAACGGAGCGACACGGUCCGACUCUUUGAUUCGUGUCGUGUCCGAUCAAGAAGAUGCGGCGGAUGAGGCUAGCCGGCGAAGACGGGAAGGCCUGUUGAACGCUUGGAGGUGGGGAGGCCGGCCUCCUCCAGAACCGGUGAAAGACAUUUGGACUGCGUUUGGGACCACAUACAGCGGAACGUAUCACGAACCCGCCCUCGAUUCAGAUACUAUUUUGUACGUCGACAAUGAAGCGGCGUUGGGUAGCGUCGAGAAUGGAGACCGGGGGGAUUCCCCGGUAGGGCAGCAGCCAGUGGAUUUAAAAGAUGAAUUCAAGCGGCUCUAUUGCAUCUAUGUAAAGGAAUCGUUGGGGCUUUUAGACCUGCUUGCACGCGGAGGAGGAGACGGGGGACAGGCGAAUAAAUGGAGAAAAAUUGUGAAACUUCACAAAAAUUUGCUGCACAUUCUGACAAGGCUGCGCACGUUCCAGGCAGAGGAUGAAGUCCUGGAAAGGCUACGGCGGCAGCUGGAGAAACGCGUAGAGGCAACCGAGAGCCUGAAGCGAAGCCUCGUCGCUUCGAUGUCACUCCUGGAACAGCAACUUGGGAAAGGCACCUUGGAGACCAAGGACGCUGAACAGAUCGUUGGGAAAUCUUAA